AUGCAAUUUGAAUAUGCUCCAGAUCAAUUACCUCAGAGAAUCGUCGAGGUAAUCAAGCGAUUCAGUCUGCAUUCGAGCAAAGGUGGCCAUCAACAAGAUGUCGGGAAGGUGUUUGACUCUGUACCCGAGAAGUUGAAGGUCAAUAUUGAGGCGAAUCAGCCAAUCACCAUGGUUCUACCUGCAUUCCCAUGGAAAAAUCCGAACCAGGACAAAGUUCUUGGGGUUGGAGCCGAUCUCGGAGAUGAACUGGGCCUGGCAAGGUUGAAUCACUUGUGCGACGAGAUCUCGAAAGUGUAUCCUUACGGUGCGCGGCUAAUUCUCAUUUGUGAUGGACCGGUGUACAAUGACUUGGUCGGAGUGCCCAAUGAUGAAUAUUAUGAUUAUGGCAUCGAGUUGCGUAGAAUCGCCCGAGAGAGGCAAUUCUCUUCCAUUCAAUUCAUCCGGCUUAUGGAUAUACUGGGGCUGGGAGACGGAGAGACGAUAUCCAAAGCAGAUUACCUCCGUCUCGUUCCCACAUGCAGAGAGAAACUGAUGUCGUCCACAUACUUCGAUCCAAAAUUCGACAUUGAUCAUGAGUUGAAUUCAAAUCCCGAUACCAAAGCAACCUAUGACAGCUACUUCAGCCGCAUCUCAGAAGAUCUAAAAUGGGCGAAAGGAUUUGACCCUGUCAUUGCGACUGAUCCAGCGCUCUGCGCAGCGGAGGUGUCCAAGGUGGUGAAGAUGAUGAUCAAUCGGCUUAUCGCCUAUGAAGCCGCGAUUAAUGCCGCACUUGGACAACACAUCCGUCUGUCCAUUCACCCAUCAAUGGGGCGGAAUAAGAUUUCGAUACCCCUGCUGCGACAGGGUGAUUCAUUCGGUGACAUGCCGUGGCAUGCAAGUGUGGUGGUCCUCUCAAACGGAGCGGUCAAGACCGGGAACUCUCGAGCAUUUCGCACAUUGUACGAACUUGUUGUGAAGAAUGGGAAGCCUUACUACUUCAGAGAAUCAAAUCCGUUUUAUGAUUGGGAGGCAGAGGUGGAGUUCCAGCAUGACUAUAAUGGAUUGGUCAUAAGGAAUCCUUCUCAAAAGCGCCAGAGUCUCGGUAGAGAUGACCGCUUGAAGCUGGCUCGCCUGAUUGUGCAGUAUCAGAACAAGUCUGUUAGGGUGGAGGGGUUCGAGGUGCCGAGUGACGCAUGA